AACUUACCUUUCGUCUUUGCUCUCUCUCUCUCUUUCCAAUGGCAUCCAACACCUCCGUCGAUCUCAACGACUUCUUCGUCUGUUGUAUAGCUAUCGCUGCUCAGCAAGCGGGCAGCCAGUCGCCCGUCUCGCCCGUCUCCACCUUUAGCACACACGGCCUCGACGAGGACGUCCAGGACAUCGUCGCCCCUGAGUCCCGUCUCUCCGACUCCUACCCUGCGGCUUUCACCGACUUCUACGGCCUGCCCAGCAACCCUCCCUGCGUCUUCAAAACCGGCGAUGCCUGGCCUGUGCGCAUGGGUCCCGAGGCGCAGCGCAUUCUGCGAGAGGCCCGCCCGGUCUGUGAACAUCCGAUACAAGACCGCUGGCUCGAUAUUGGCCAGCUCAUCUGCGAGCACCUCGACUCCCGCGAGGUCAAGUGGUCGUCGAUCGACCCCGUUCGUUUUGCCGAGGCAGGGCAGGAAGAUGUCAGUGCUCUCUAUCUCUGGAUAGGGAUCAUCCCUGGGACUCUCAUCUUCGAGGCUGCCAAGGUUGCAGCCGAGGGCUGCAAGGAUAUCCUGGCUCGAGAGGGGUUCCCCGAUGUCGAGGUUGCAUUUCGUGAGUCUGUUGUCACCCAGUCCAUUGGCCCAAAGCUUCUCUCCUUCGACCCCUCUGUCGACCCCGUCCCCGAGCUUCGUAGCCCCUUCACUCCUGCGCUUGGCAUCCAGAUCGCUCCGCUCAAGACACCUCACUACGAGGGCACAGGUGCCGUCUAUCUCCGCGAAAGCAGCCAGAGCAACCGUGUCUUCCUUCUCACCGCCGGCCACGUCGCUCGCCCACCUCCCACACACUGUGACCCGCUCCUAUCGCGCAAGCACAGCAGCCAGGCUUGUCAGGAGAUUGUCGUCCUUGGCACUGAUGCCUACACCGAUGCCAUCAACCGUAUGAUGAGUACCAUCGGCCAUGAGCUUCUCUCCAUCAAGACAUGGGACGAGGAGCUUGAGAGGUUGGGUGCGGUCGUUGAGGGCGAGGCGCUCAAGAAGACUCGCGCGCGCGAGGACUACGAGGACCUGGUGGCAAAGGCGAGGAGGAGGAUCGAGGACGUAAAUGAGAUCCAUGACGAGGUCACCAAGAACUGGACAACUCCGAACCAACGUGUGAUUGGUUAUGUCGUCCACGCCCCUGCGAUUGCCGUCGACGACGGCCCCAAGCACUUCACCCGGGACUGGGCCCUGAUCGAUCUCUACCGCGACAAGAUCGACUGGGACACUUUCCAGGGUAACAAGGUAUAUGUCGGCGGCAAGAUUUCGGCGGCCGACUUUAUCCUGAAGAUGCACCCUCACCCUGAGGGCCGGUCGGACUUCAAGUACCCCCCCGGCGGGCUCCUCCAGGUCAGAGGCGUCGUAAAGGACGACGAGAUCCGCAAGCCACAGCAGCUCGAUGCCAACGGCGAGAAGUGUCUGAUUGUCGUCAAGAACGGGAAGACCACAGGCACCACUCUCGGUCGCCUCGCGGGCAUGGAGUCGUUCGUUCGCAGGUACCCCGAGCACGGCAUCAAGAAGACGUCGAUCGAGAUCGCCGUGUACCCUUACAGCAACAAGGACGGCGCGUUUUCUGCUCGUGGCGACUCUGGCGCCAUAGUGGUCGACUCGAAGGGCCGCGUCGUCGGGCUGCUCGUUGGUGGUGCUGGCACGAAUGGAGAGUUUGACGUCACGUACCUCACUCCCUACUGGUGGAUUGAGAAGCAGAUGAAAAAGGUGUUCCCUAACUGCUUCCUCUACGAAAUCGUCGACUAGGUUCGUCGCCUGGAUUUUUUUUGACUUUCCUUUUUGUGCAUAGUUAAUAGCCUCUAUCCUCUCUAUUCACGAUAUAUGUAUAGAUAGACCUCAGACUCGUCGUGUAGGUUCGUUUCGUUUCGUUUCCUUCUUCCGUUCAUACUAUACCUG